AUGACGACAUUCCGAGACACCUCCAUCGUCGCCGGUGCCAACAGAUUCCUCGACAACAGACUCCGUAUUGUCUGGACCACCCAUCACAAUGCCUGCUUCCUUGUAAUCAUCUUCAAGAGUAGCAAGAGCAAGGCCCGUCUGGAAGAAGUGCCGCUGUAUCUAUCGUCAUGGUGGGCGCUUAGAGCGUACUGCCGUUCGUUGGCCACCAAGCAGUCCCGCAUCGAUAUUUGGAUGGCCGACUACUACAGGAAUGAGAGAUGGGCCUAUGCCGCGAACUACCGCAAAGCCAUAGAAAAAGAAGAGGAUGUGACUAAAGGGAAGAAAGGCACCGACCAUGAUAACACGGAUGACAUCCUUCGUGCGGCCAGAGAGGAGCGAUCCCAGCUUCUCGGCGGUUCCGUCAAGAAUCCAGGAAAGCGAGCACAUGAAGACGGUGAGGUGGAUGAGCAUAACAGACAUCUAUCUAAACGACGAGAACUGGACCAGACCCAAAGAAAUGUCAUGAUGCUCUCCCCGGGAGAGACGAGACUCGCCAGCCAUCAGGCACGGCCCACCAACAAUGACGACAAUGAGGUGGGAAAUCAUGCCAAGGAAGCCGACGACUGGUGCCGGGAAGUUAUGGACAAAAUCAACCUUGACGAUCUGUCUUCGACGAUGCAAGGUUAG